AUGAACGCAUCGCGAUGCGUCAGACACACUAUCCGACUUGGUGAUAAUAUUCCAGUAUCAUCUACUACCAAGGCUCCGUGGUCGAUGGACGGUAUGUUGCAGCUAAGAAAAACCUUAUGCACUGUUCAUAGUUCGGGCAAGAAAAUUUUGAAAGCCCCUGAUGAGCCGCACUGGAGCCACCCGGAUUCCUACGAUGUUCCCGGCCAGAGCGAAAGCCCCUACCCGAUCUCGGACUCUAGUCUAAAAGACUCAAGUCGCGUGGCUGUGCUUCCAAAAUGCCCUGAGCGGGAGUUCCUAGAGAAUUCAAUUGUCUUUUCCCAGAGGAGCGUCAAUGGGACGGUCCACAUGAUGGCCUAUAAGGGCACUGCCUAUGUCACAGGGCAGUUUAGUGAGACUAGCAACUUGUACUCGGAGACGGAAGCUUCUAUGGAUUCGCUUGAAGGCUUCAGUCCAGAAGCAAUCCGGCUCGAGAAGUAUGGUGCCGCCAAGAUUAAGGAGGGCGAACCUCUGGCUAGCAAGUAA